AUGAGCACAGGCAGAAUCAACCCUUACAGCAUCGUAUCUUCUGAGGAAGACGGGUUGAUCCUGACCACCAUGCCGGGAGUGAACGGCUUCGGCAACGGUAAGAUUCACACGCGCAGGAAAUGCCGGAACCGAUUCGUCAAGAAGAACGGCCAGUGCAACGUCGAGUUCACCAACAUGGAUGACAAGCCCCAGAGGUACAUCGCCGACAUGUUCACCACCUGCGUGGACAUCCGGUGGAGGUACAUGCUGCUGCUCUUCUCCCUCGCUUUCCUGGUCUCUUGGCUGUUGUUUGGCCUCAUCUUCUGGCUGAUCGCCCUGGUCCAUGGGGACAUCGAGAAGCCCACCAAAGACGAAACCUUCACCCCUUGCCUCCUGCAGGUGAACGGCUUCGUGGCCGCUUUCCUCUUCUCCAUUGAGACCCAGACGACCAUCGGUUAUGGCUUCCGCUGCGUGACCGAGGAGUGUCCCUUGGCUGUCUUCAUGGUGGUCCUUCAGUCCAUUGUCGGCUGCAUCAUCGACUCCUUCAUGAUCGGCGCCAUCAUGGCCAAAAUGGCCAGGCCGAAGAAGAGAGCCGAGACCUUGCUGUUCAGCCAUCACGCUGUGGUGGCCAUGAGGGACGGCAAGCUUUGCUUGAUGUGGAGAGUGGGGAACCUUCGGAAGAGUCACAUUGUAGAGGCUCAUGUCCGUGCUCAGCUCCUCAAGCCCAGGAUCACCGAGGAAGGGGAGUACAUCCCUCUGGACCAGAUAGACAUCGACGUCGGCUUCGACAAAGGCUUGGAUCGUAUUUUCCUGGUCUCCCCCUUGACAAUCCUUCACGAGAUCAACGAGGAGAGCCCCCUGUUUGGGAUUAGCCGGCAGGAUUUGGAAACGGACGACUUUGAGAUCGUCGUGAUUCUGGAGGGCAUGGUGGAGGCCACGGCUAUGACCACCCAGGCUCGGAGUUCGUACUUGUCCACCGAGAUCCUCUGGGGUCACCGCUUCGAGCCGGUCCUCUUCGAGGAGAAAAAACAGUACAAAGUGGACUACUCGCACUUCCACAAGACUUACGAGGUGCCCUCCACGCCCUGCUGUAGUGCCAAGGAUUUGGUGGAGAACAAGUUCCUUCUCCCGAGCGCCAACUCCUUCUGCUACGAGAACGAACUCGCCUUCAUGAGCCGCGACGAGGAGGAGGAGGAGGAGGUAGAUGAAGGAGAUGAAGACUGCCGAGGCUUGGAUAAUCCGUGCUCAGAGGACCAGCCUGAAUUUGACAGGCGGCCGACGUCUGUAGGACCCCUCGAUCAAAGACCGUACCGGAGAGAAUCGGAAAUAUGA